AAUCAAAUCUCAUGGGCAGAAUCUCGGAGCAGUGAAUUGAGCAGGAAGAAAAACGUGAAGUGGCAGAAGAAAUGGAGGAACAGAUGGCCGACAAAGCACCACCAGCUGAAGUGGAGGUCAAGUCAGAGGCUAAACUCAUCCUCUAUCACUGGACACAGUCCUUCAGUUCCCAAAAGGUACGACUGGUGAUUGCUGAAAAGGGGUUGAAAUGUGAAGAGCAUGAUGUAAGCCUUCCACUGAGUGAACAUAAUGAGCCUUGGUUUAUGCGUUUAAAUGCAUCAGGAGAAGUCCCUGUGCUCAUUCACAAAGAGAACAUAAUUUGUGAUGCAACUCAGAUUAUUGACUACCUUGAAGAUACUUUUGUGAAUGAAAAGACUCCAAAAUUAAUGCCAGAAGAAGGAAGUAUGUAUUAUCCAAGGGUCCAACACUACAGAGAACUCCUAGAUUCCUUGCCUAUGGAUGCAUACACACAUGGCUGCAUUUUACAUCCUGAAUUAGCAGUAGACUCCAUGAUUCCUGCGUAUGCCACGACCAGAAUUCGCAGCCAAAUAGGUAAUACUGAAUCUGAAUUAAAGAAACUUGCUGAAGAAAAUCCAGAUCUGCAAGAAGCAUAUAUAGCAAAGCAGAAACGACUCAAAUCUAAAUUGAUGGACCAUGAUAACAUAAAAUACUUACAGAAAAUACUAGAUGAAUUGGAAAAAGUUUUGGAUCAGGUUGAAACUGAGUUGCAAAGGAGAAAUGAAGAAACACCAGAAAAUGGACAUCAACCUUGGCUCUGUGGAGAAUUCUUUAGCUUGGCUGACGUAUCCCUUGCUGUAACACUCCAUCGGCUGAAGUUCAUUGGACUAGCAAGGAGAAGCUGGGGCAAUGGAAAGCGGCCUAACUUGGAAGCCUAUUAUGAGCGUGUCUUGAAGAGACAACCAUUUCAUAAGGUUUUGGGACAUGUCAACAACAUACUAAUCUCAGCAGUUCUUCCAACAGCAUUUCGAGUAGCAAAGAAGAGGGCACCCAAAGUGUUUGGCACAACUCUUCUGGCUGGCUUUUUAGCAGGAAUAGCAUAUUUUGCAUUUAUGUUUGCUCGGAAGAGGUUUGCUAACUUGCUAUUAUCAAUAAGAGGAAGGCAGAGUUAUCUGUAGAUGCUUCCUUGCUAGAUCGGAAUUGGAGUACUUUAUUUUCCAAAGAGGCUGAUUUGAAGAAUAAUGGUCCAAAAUAUUGUCUUCUAUUAUUAGGCCUUUUUCUGAUUGUAGAGAUACAUUAGUAAUAUAAAAGAAUCUUGCAAAUUUAAGACAAAAACACAACGAUUAAUUUCAAACAUCUUGCUAAGCUAUUAUAUGUUCAAUAUGAUUUUUAUUUAGUGUAAUACAUCCACCAGCCACUAUGGUUCAUAAACUAUUGUUGAGGGGUUCCCAGUUGUAACCAAUGUUUCAGUAACCUAUGAGUAAAAAUACCCCACAAUUAGCUCAAUGUAUGAAACAGCCAGUAGCUUGUUUGUGGAAUUGAGGAACAAUAUUUUUCAUGCUUCAUGCUGCCUUUAUUUUUUUAUUUUUUUAUAAUAUAUUUAUUAAUUUUCAAUAUCAAACUUUAAAAUAAAAAUUAACAAAAAAAGGGAAAGGGAAUUAAACUAAAAUCAAGUGACAAAAAUAUAUCAAACAAAUUUAUAAGAAAAAUGACCUCUAUCUUUCUUUUGGUACAGUGAUAAUAAUAAUACAACCACCUUUUUCUUCGUUUAAAUAAAUAGCACUAAUAUACAAAACACCUUAAAAUACUAAUAAUCAACUUACUGAAAUCCCCAAUAUGCACAAAAUAUUCUUCUCUUAGUUUUAUCUAAGAAGUAGUAAAUUAUUAAAUAGAGAUCUCUCUGUUUAAAAAGCUGCAUUAUUUAUCUAGUCAAACCCAGUCUAAUCUUCGGAUCUCAAAGUCAAAAGUUGAUUUUUCUCGUUAUUCUAGAAGAAAACUAAUAAUGGUCUCCAAGUCAUAAGAAAUUUAGUCAAAUCAUGCCACCUUUCUUUACCUACAGAAGAAUUUAUCUGGAGAACAGGGCUAGGCGUCUGAGCAGGAUGGGAUGAAGGGUGCAGAGUUGUGGGUUAAAGAUGGAUUUAUCCAAAACUGGAUAGAUAAAAUUUUCUGUGCAGAGCCCUUCAUAUAAUUUUGAUUAAAUCCCUCCCCAUCACAUCACUCUGCAUAUUAUCUCUUUAUGUUAAGGUGAGUCCCUACCCCUUCAUUUUUCCUAUACUUACUUAGUUACUUAGUUACUUAGUUAGUUAGUUACUUACUUACUUACUUACUUACUUUAUUUAUUUAGCCAUCUUACCAAUAAACAAACUCUAGGUGACUUACAAAUGAUAAAAAAGAUAAAUACAGAAACAAUUACAAUUUAAAAUGCCACAAAAAGUUAUGUCAUUUAUAAAAGUCAUAAUAUUGAGUCAUUAUAUCUUACCAGUGAAUUUGUUAGUAAGCAAUGGAAGUUUAUACCUGUUAUUUUAAUAGAUUGUUGUACUGCGAUUGGCUCAUAAGGCAAGUCCAUUAAAUGUUGGCUGACACAGUGACACAUGCUUCAAUUACAGCCUUAAAAAUAAAUGAUUAGAUAGAUAUUUGAUACAUAGCAGGUAGGAUUUCAAGGCACAAAUUAAAGUUAUGCCUAUGUUUGUGUGAUUUGGAAACAUUUAUGCACAUUAGUGAUCUAUAAUCUAUUUAUUUUGAAGCAGUGUGCAUUUUAUACUGGAUUUUGUGCAGAUAAUAUAUUGGUAAUUUUUUUUCUUAACAUAAACAUAUGUUUCGUGCUAGUGUAUUAAUGCCAUCUUUGAUGUACUUCAGAAAAUAUCUGUUUCACAAAUACAGUUUCUUCAGAAUAAACAUGAGCACAGUG